AUGGCUGAUCCCCCUUCUCCGGGGAUCUCACCCCGCAAUUCGUCUCUCCGCCGCCGUGGUCUCCCCACGCGAACCACUCUCGAAACCAUCCCCGACUCCGACUGGCCGCAACGCCGCAACUCUACACUCUCAGAUACCAUCUCCGAAGCUCGUCACUCCAUUCGAUCAUCCACAGAUGACCUGUUCCUUCCCCGAGUGAGUCAAAACAAUGAGGGUCCGAUCGCAACCGAGGAAUCUCAUUGGCACUCCGCGCCACUGGCCUUGGCGUUACUGCCAGCCAUCGCCGGGGUCAUGUUCAAAGAGGGAAGUGUUUUUGUGACCGAUGUGACGUUGUUAGUACUGGCAGCUAUCUUUCUCAAUUGGUCCGUCCGAUUACCAUGGGACUGGUAUCGGUCCGCCCAGGCCAUCACGCGAGAAGAAUCCACAUAUAGUCCCACCGUGGAGGGUAUAGAACCAGAGGCGGGUGACGAGGCCGUAGACUCCGGCGAAGAACCCCACCGGCGUCCCAAACCCCCACGAACAUCAAAGCAAGCAGCCAUCAAAGAGCUCCAUAUACACGAGCUCGUCGCAUUAGCCUCAUGCUUCAUAUUUCCUCUAAUUGGCACCUGGCUCCUUCAUGGCAUCAGAUGUAGCUUAUCUCGACCCUCGGAAGGUUUGGUCUCUAAUUACAACCUUACCAUAUUUCUCCUCGCAUCCGAGAUUCGGCCAUUCGCUCAUCUCCUCAAACUAUUUCAAGCUCGCACCCUCCAUCUCCAACGUAUCAUCGCAACCACUGAUGACAAUCACAUCGAUUCGGUUAAAGUUCAAGACCUCACAACUCGACUCGAGGAGCUUGAAGCGCAUGUCGCCGAAGCUGCUGCCACUCGUCUGGCUUCAUCUCCAGGCCAAAACUCCCCUAAAGAACCAAAUGACGCCCAGUCACUCAUAACACAGGCGGUUGCUGAAGCCCGCAAGGCACUUCAACCAGACAUCGAAGCUCUCAAUCGCGCUGUCCGCCGAUAUGAGAAACGUACCGCUUUGAUCACACUCCAAACAGACACUCGCUUCCAACAACUUGAGGCACAAACCCGCGACGCAUUAGCUCUGGCAGCUGCUGCACAGCGCUCUAGUCUGUCGCGCCGCUCAAGCUACGCAUUCACGUUGGUUGACUGGGCUUGUGCUUGCAUCGUUGUUCCGGCCCAGCUCGCUGUAUCUAUCCUCAAUCUACCUUCCCGCGCAGUAAAUCGCUGUUUGGCCACUGCAAGGAGUAUGAUAGGUCGCCAACCUUCUCCGCAGUCACGCUCAAAGUCUAGUAAAGGCAAGUCAGUUCAGGGAACUGGUCGUAAGGUUCGACCACGGUCACCUCCACCUAAAGCACUGGGCUCGACAAUAUCUCAACCGCAGUCUAUUUCUCGCUAG